AUGGCCGUGAGUGUGUCGGUGGCGUUGUUGAGCGGGCAGUGUGUGUCCCUUGAGGUUUCUGCAGAGACCAUACUUGCCAGUGUACGCCUGAUGGCACAGGCAAAGAUGGGGCGCACGCUAGUGGCUUUGCUUACGCCGUCUGGCAUGCAGUUGAAUCUGUUUAGCAGCGUUGCCCAGAGCGGCUUGGAGGACGGAGUUGUUCUGAGUGCAGUUGCACAGGCUGGACCCAAAUUACGAUCUCACCGCAGGGCAAGCACAUUUGUUGCCAUUCUAGCUGAUGGCUCCGUUGUUACCUGGGGCCAUCGUUUCCAUGGUGGAGACAGCAACUCCGUGCGCAACCAGCUGUUCAACGUGCAUGACGUCUACUCAACUAAUAAGGCCCUGGCAGCAGUGAGGGCAGACGGCUCAGUAGUUGCCUGGGGCCACGCAGACCAUGGUGGCGACAGCUCAGCUGUACAAGAUCAACUCCAGACGGUCGAGCAAGUGUUUGCCUCAAUGCAGGCUUUUGCGGCAUUGCGCAGCGACGGAAGGGUUGUGACAUGGGGACAUGCGACUCAUGGGGGAGACAGUCGCUGCGUUGCAGCGCAGCUGGUGGAUGUAAGAGAAAUCUUUUCCACAGAGGCUGCAUUCGUGGCAGUGCGGGGUGAUCGGUCUGUGGUAACCUGGGGGCACGAAGAGCAAGGAGGUGACAGCAGCACCAUUGUUGAUGAGCUGGUCAACAUUCGAAGCAUCGCCGCCUCGGGCAAAGCAUUUGCAGCUGUGCGUUACGAUGGCAGGGUCAUAAGUUGGGGGCACCCCGAGUAUGGGGGUGACAGUUCAGCAAUGCAGGAGCAGCUGGUAAAUGUGGAAUCCGUCCACAGCUCCAGUGGUGCCUUUGCAGCCAUCCACACAGAUGGAACCGUGAGGACCUGGGGUCAUGCCUUGAGCGGUGGUGACUGCCGGCCUGUUCAGACGCAGCUGACAGAAGUCAGAAAAGUGUUUUCCUCCAACAAGGCCUUCGCAGCAGUUUGUACAGGUGGCAGCGUCGUGACGUGGGGCCAUCCACUGUACGGAGGCGACAGCCGGUCGGUGCAGAGGAACCUUGAAAAGGUGCGCGAUGUGCAGUCUGCCGAAACUGCGUUUGCCGCAAUCCGAGAAGAUGGAACGGUCGUAACUUGGGGCCAUCCAGAAUAUGGUGGCUUCAGCAGUGGCGUGCACAGCCAGCUGAGAGACGUGCAGCAGGUUCAUGCUUCCUUGGGUGCCUUUGCGGCCCUCACCUCAAUGGGAAAGGUGGUAACCUGGGGUCAUCCAGCAUAUGGAGGCGACAGCAGCGCAGUACGCGAACAACUCCGCGACAUUCUCGAGGUUCACGCUUCCAGUGGCGCCUUCGCAGCAGUGCGUGCUGAUGGGGCUGUCAUUACCUGGGGCCACCCACUGAGCGGCGGAGAUAGCCGAUCCGUUCGCCACCAACUUGCAGCACAAGUCUGA